AUGAGCAGCCUACGAUGGGAUCCACCUCUUGAGGGAAACACCUCUUCCUUCAGCGACCAAGGGAACAACAGCACGUUCCCGUUCCAGGUCCCUGAGUUUACCGGCAGUGCGACAGGGUUGAACCGAUCUUCCUUUGUCUACGUCGGCGCCCUGGCUAUCCUGUACGACUUCCCCGAAAUCGCCAUCCCCACCCUCAUGACCUACUCCAUGACGUUUACCUUCGGGGUGACCGGCAAUGCCAUGAUCAUCAUCGCAGUUCUUCGCUACUGUUGCUUAAAAACGGCCACGAACUACUUAACCAUGAGCCUGGCCGUGGCGGACCUGUUGGUGUCGCUGAUCUGCGUCCCGUUCAAGACGGCCGAGCUGUUCAUGUCGUAUUGGCCGUUAGGGGGCGUGAUGUGCAAGCUGCUGAACUACAUCCGGGUGGUGACCACACUGGCGUCCAUACUGACCCUGACCGCCAUUUCUUUGGAACGAUGGUACGUGGUUAUCCGGCCGAUGCACGCCCGGUCUGUGUGCACCCCGGGGUGGGCUUACCGCGUCAUCGCGUGCGUGUGGAUGCUGUCACUGUCACUCAGCGCGCCCACACUUUAUGCACAGCGGCUGGUCGGCUACAAAUGGCCGGUGGGCGGCACAAUCUACCACUGCCAGGAAAAGUGGCCUGAGCCCUCUUACAAGAAGAUCUUCUCAGCGUACUUCGCGACGCUGAUAUUCCUUCCCAUGUUCAUCAUGCUGGUAGCGUACAGCUCUACGAUCUACAAGCUGUGGUUCAGCACACAGACUAUACAGCGGGACUUCGACUGUAGCUCGUGCAACGUUUGCUCCCAUACUUUGCCCAGACAACAUUCCUCGCUGUCUCUGACGCAAUCAAAAAGCGACCGAAUGACGCCGAGUUCUGCCGACAAGUCCCGAACGACCCCGAUCUCGACCGAAGCCGCCGUGGCGUCGUCAAGCAAGGAAGGGGAGAAAACACCAAGUAACACCGCCCGAAGGAAGCCGAGCCGUUUUGUCUUCGACAGAGAGACAGUGGAAAAAUACCUUGACCAAGAAAACGAUGUGAACAACGCGACACCAGGGAGAAAGCGUACAAGCGGCACGAUGCCCACUCCCCUUGCCGUUAGAUCACGAUCUGUCUGCUCAUUGGAGGCACGGCGAAACGCGCGGAGGCGAGUGCAAGGGACGGUCUCCAACUUUCAAGAGAUCAUCCGCGAACGCAAACAGGUAGUCCAAAUGAUGCUGACGGUAGUUCUGCUGUUCCUGGUAGUUCGUAUGAUGCUGACAGUAGUCCUGCUAUUCCUGGUUUGCUGGGGCCCACACGUCGUCCUAAAUGUGCUGGUGACGUUCGGCCUGGUCAACGUGUACACCCAGGAAGUCUAUGCCAUGAGAAUCGCCUUCCGCCUGCUAACCUACCUGAACAGCUGCCUCAACCCGCUCUGCUAUAACUUCAUGUCCAGGAAGUUCCGUAGAAGCUUCAAGCGACUUCUACCGUGCUGCUCUAAGUGUACAUAA